CGUCGGCACGCCGUGCGUGCGGCCUCACGCUGUCGCCUGGUUCCCGCCAUUUGCCUUCAGCCCUCCCCCCGCCCCCUCAGGAGCCGCCGCCGCGCGCAGGUUUCAAGGUGGAGCCAACGCAAUCUCUUGUAAGUUUAAUAGCAAGACAACAUGGCUCCGCUGAAGGUACACGGCCCCGUCCGGAUGCGUAGUAUGCAGACUGGGAUUACAAAAUGGAAAGAAGGAAGCUUUGAAAUAGUGGAGAAGGACAACAAAGUGAGUCUAGUGGUUCACUACAAUGUUGGAGGAAUUCCAAAGACAUUUCAGCUAAGCCAUAACAUUAAAACUGUGGUCCUGCGACAAAAUGGUGGAAAACUGUGUUGCCUGAUGCUAACGCUAAAGGAUGCCAGCUUCCUGACAAUUGAUAAGGUACCAUCUAAGGAUGCAAAUGAAAUGAGGAUGUAUCUAGAUGCCAUCCUUCAGGACAGAGUUCAUGGUGCUGUGAGACCCUCCCAAGGAUCUGGUAGCUUUGGAGGUGUUCUGGGCAACAGGGCGAAACAGAAGGAAACGAACAGGCAGUUCCCGUAUAUUGAAAACCAGACACCUUCAAAGAGAGUGACUGUGGAAAGCAAGGAUGAAAACUCCUUUCGGAAGAUGCUGGGCACUUCAGGCAGCAGGGCAUCCGUCAAGAGCUCCCUGGGAAGCGCAGCACCCAGCAACAGGGUAAACAUUCCGGCAUCUCCCACCUCAUCAACGCCUCACAGAACAGGUUUAUUGGAAAAUCGUGAAAAGAGGAAAAGAGCACAGCCUUCUGGUUCAGAGAUGAAUGAAGAUUAUCCUAAAGAGAAUGAUUCUUCAACCAAUAACAAAGCUAUGAAUGACCCAGCUUGGAAGUUUUUAAGUAGUAGCCGAGAGAAGCAGCUGAGCCUGAAACAGGCAGAGGAGAACAGGACGUCAGGGGUUUUACCACUACAGUCAUCUUCCUUCUAUGGUAGUAGGUCCUCAUCAAAGGAUUACUCCACUAGCAAUUCCAACCUGGACAGGUCCAGCAUGUCGAGUCAGGCACCCUCAGCCAAAAGAAGCCUGGGCUUUCUCUCUCAGCCAGCCCCUCUCUCUGUGAAAAAAAUGAGGUCUAACCAAGACUACACAGGCUGGAACAAACUUCGAGUGCCCCUUUCCACCCAUCCGCAGCAACAGCUCCAAGGGUUUUCUAACUUGGGGAACACCUGCUACAUGAAUGCCAUUUUGCAGUCAUUGUUUUCAAUUCAGUCAUUUGCUAAUGAUUUACUUAAGCAGGGCAUCCCAUGGAAGAAGAUUCCACUCAAUGCACUUAUCAGACGCUUUGCCCAUCUGCUUGCUAAAAAGGAUGUGUGCAGCCCUGAGGUAAAGAAAGAGCUGCUCAAGAAGGUGAAAAGUGCCAUUUCAGCUACCGCAGAGAGAUUUUCUGGUUACAUGCAGAAUGAUGCCCAUGAGUUCUUGAGUCAGUGCUUGGAUCAGUUGAAGGAAGACAUGGAAAAGCUAAAUAAAACUUGGAAGAGCGAGCCUGCGCUGAGUGAAGAUAACUCCCCAGGACGGGCUUCCGAUGCCCUCUCGGCUACCAAAGUUUACACUUGUCCAGUUAUCGCUAACUUAGAGUUUGAGGUUCAGCAUUCAAUCAUAUGUAAAGUGUGUGGUGAAACGGUCACUAAACGCGAACAAUUUAACGAUCUGUCCAUUGACCUUCCUCGAAGAAAGAAGUUGCUUCCUUCCCGGUCCAUUCAGGAUUCCCUUGAUCUCUUUUUUAGGGCAGAGGAGAUUGAGUAUUCCUGUGAGAAGUGCAAUGGAAAGUCUGCCAUUGUCGCACACAAGUUCAACAGGCUUCCAAGGGUCUUGAUUCUUCACCUAAAACGAUACAGCUUCAAUGUAGCACUCUCCCUCAAUCACAAAGUUGGGCAGCAGGUGGUUAUACCAAGGUACUUGACCUUGUUAUCGCACUGCACAGAAGGCACCAGGCCACCGCUUACUUUGGGCUGGAGUGCACAUUCUGCAAUAUCUCGACCAUUGAAAGCCUCUCAAAUGGUGAAUUCCUGCACCAUCAUAAGCACUUCCACACCUUGUAGAAAGUACACCUUCAAAUCAAAGAGCUCGGCCCUGCUCUGCAUGGAUUCGGACAGCGAUGAUGAACCAUUGAAGCGCUCUGUGGCCCACAGUCAAAGGUUGUGUGAUGUACCCAUCAGAGAGCUUCCUCAGCAGCAACAGCCACCACCAGAAGAUACAGAAAAGGGUUCAAAAAGAAAUAAAGCAGAGUGUGAUAAAUCUGCUGACCUGGGAAGUGCUGGCUUUGAUGGAAUGAGUGAGGAUGAGCUAUUAGCAGCUGUCUUGGAGAUUAGCAAAAGGGAAGCUUCGCUGACUCUGAGCCAUGACGAAGAUAAGCCCACCAGCAGCCCUGACACUGGCUUCGGAGAAGACGAGGUCCAGGAACUGCCGGAAAAUCUGGAAUCGGUGGAGGCAGAGAAGCCCAAAGCGGCUACAGAAUCAGGUCCUGCCAACUUCACGAAGGAUUUUGAUGAGAAUAAAGAAAACAAAACUCCGGAAGGCUCCCAGGGGGAGGUCGACUGGCUGCAACAGUACGACAUGGAGCGGGAGAGAGAGGAGCAGGAACUGCAGCAGGCACUGGCUCAGAGCCUUCAAGAGCAAGAGGCACGAGAACAGAAAGAAGAUGACGACCUCAAGCGAGCUACUGAAUUAAGUCUGCAAGAGUUUAACAGCUCUCUUCUGGACAGCGUUGGCUCUGACGAGGACUCUGGGAACGAGGAUGUUCUUGACAUGGAGUACUCGGACACCGAAGCAGAAGAGCUGAAAAGAAACGCUGAGAUAGGAGAACUCCCUCAUUCCUAUCGUCUCAUCAGCGUUGUCAGCCACAUUGGAAGCACAUCAUCUUCAGGGCAUUACAUCAGCGACGUCUUCGAUAUCAAGAAGCAGUCCUGGUUCACCUACAAUGACCUGGAAGUGUCCAGAACUCAAGAGGGCACUGUACAGUGUGACCGAGACCGAAGCGGCUACAUCUUCUUCUACAUGCACAAGGAUAUCUUUGAGGAGCUGCUAGAAGCAGAGAAGAACGCGCAGCCGCUGAGCACGGAAGCGGGAAGGUCUGUGCGCCAGCCCCUGUGAAGAGCAGGGUACCUCGUUCCUCCUGACUGUGGGGAAUUCUGAACUUGUGCCAGACAUGGAGGAGAACAAACCGCUCAGGGAGAGAUGGAGCGUGAGAAACACGGGACUCUCGACUUGCCGAACCAUGGGCCUGAGCCGCAGUCAUCAGCCUUGGCAUCCCUGAGAGCGCCUCCUUUUGCGGGGGGCGGCAGGGGGAAGAUUUUUAUUGUUCUGGGAAAAGCUUUGUCAGCGUGGAGCCUUAAAGAGUGACACCGAAUCACCAGACUACAGCUGCUCAUGAACUGAUCUCACGGUAGUGCAAAGAGACCAGACCUUCCAGGCCCAUUCGCCUAGGACGUGCAAGUGGGGAGGAGAGUUGCAUAUCACUUGGCAUUCUAUUCUUUUUCUUUUCCAAGAGCAACUGAAGCAAUAGAUUCUGUAACCCGGCCUGUAUCGUGUUAGUAACGUUCACUGGAAACCCCCUGACGCCGAGUAUCCUAUGGCCAGUCUGCCCUGCUAGCUGGGGUGUCCGCACCGUGCCAGUUGAAUGUGUCCUGACGUCGGCAGGAUGGUAGACACUCUGGUGUUUCUUUGCAGCGCUGGGAAACAAAGUGCAGGUUCUGUGGCACGCGUUUAAGACCCAGCUGCGUUCCAUCACCUUGCCAGAGUUCCUCGUCCCCCCUGGUUUAACGCUAUUAUACACGUUUGGUUUUGUUUUGAACGUUUUAUUCUCUGACUGCCUCUUUCCAUAGCAUUGUUGCUUGGUGCAGCUCGCAGAGGAAGCAUCUGUCUCCACAUACGUGUUUCUCUCUGGCUUCAAACCACGUCGGGUUGCCUUGUUUUGACUUCAACAGCUGCAGCUGAUGGGGCAGGGGGUGGAAGGUAAGCUUUGACCUUCGGCAGGUUCGGAAGUGAACCCCGGCCAUGUGUCGUCGCACGCCAGGAACUGUCGUUCUGGCCCGGCCCCUUCAGAGUCUGCACACGCAAAGCUUUGUCUCUUUGUGUCAUCUCAAACAGAACGAGUGAAGAAAGCCCGUCGACAAGAUUAUCCUUGGAUCGCUCCGUUAGACUGAGCCAAGGUUUCAAACUGACCUUCCAGACCCCCAGAACUGCCCAGAGAGAGAUGUGCUUUCAGGGUAGCUAUAAAUCUAUUGGGCUUUAAGGAGUCUGGAGCAUUCAGCUGCUUUAACCCAGCUCCAUUGAGAAGCUUUGGAAACUUCAAGGUUAAGAAGAGAUUUCAGGGCACACGUGUUUUACCUCUUCUAUUUUCCUAGUUGACUUCAGUAACACGAAGCUCGUUUUAUAGCCGGUUUCAGUAAAACAUCCCACAAUUUGAUUCUUAUUAGCACCUUCAAACCAUCUUUUAUUUAACUUGGGCCGAUUUUCCUUCAGCUGCUGGGUUUUUUGUUUGUUUGCCGUUUGUUUUUUUGGGGGGUUUCUCCCAAAUGAAUUGUUAUUAGCAACUGGAGAAGUUGAUUGAGUUUUGCCCCUAAUUCUGCCUCUUUGCAAUUGGAUUAACUGGUUACAGAUGUUGAAAGGGUUUUAUUUUUUUCCACCUUUCUUUGCUAUCAAGGAUGUUCUGUUUUAAAACUACCAUGAGGAGUUUCUCAGGAAUAAAAUACCUAGAGCUAA